AUGGCAGGGGCGGCAGAGGCGCUGAAGCGAUUUGAGAUGGAGAAUGGCGUGAGCAUGGUGGACGGGGACGGAAUCUAUCGCUUCGACGCUGCUGAACAGACCAAGCUGCGCGAGCAGAAGCCUUGGAGCAAAGACGCUACCUACUUCCAAAAAGUGAAGAUAUCUGCGCUUGCUUUGCUGAAAAUGGCUAUGCAUGCUCGCUCCGGUGGUCAGCUGGAGGUUAUGGGAAUCUUGCAGGGGAAACUAGAAGACAAGACGUUUGUUGUCAUGGACGCCUUCGCGCUGCCCGUGGAAGGAACAGAGACGAGAGUGACGGCGCUGGAUGAAGGAUACGAGUACAUGGUUCACUAUCAGACCACUUGCGAGCGAACAGGACGAGUAGAGCCGGUUAUCGGGUGGUAUCACAGUCAUCCGGGAUACGGCUGUUGGUUGUCAGGGAUCGACGUCAGCACGCAGACGAUUCACCAGCAGCAUGAGGACCCUUACCUGGCGAUAGUGGUUGACCCGGUCAGAACCAUGGCUGCUGGCAAGGUUGAAAUCGGAGCCUUUCGCACCUAUCCGCCCAACUACAAGCCGCCAGAUGCGGCAGCGUCUGAGUAUCAGACCAUUCCGCUUGACAAGAUCGAAGACUUUGGUGUCCACGCGAACCAAUACUAUCCUUUGGACAUCUCCUUCUUCAAGUCGUCUCUGGACUCUCACCUACUUGCGCUGCUGUGGAACAAGUACUGGAUCAGUACGUUGUCGUCGUCGUCGCUUGUCUCGAACAGAGACUACACCACGAGAUCGAUCAAGGACUUGUCGGAGAAGAUGGACCAGGCGGAGUCUCAGCUGAGCUACAGCAGCAGAAUGGCGGGGUAUUACCUCCCCGGCGACAAGAAGUCGGAAGAUUCUCAAGUUUCCAAGAUGUGCAAGGACGGGACCAAGAUUGCUAUCGAGCAGCUACAAGGGCUCAUCACUCAGGUGGCCAAAGACAAGCUCUUCAACAUGCGAAUCAAGGGAGUGGAGAUGACAGACUCAUGA